AUGGCUAUCAAUCUUCUUUUAUUUGCUUUCGCCUUUUCUGACCUUCAAGGUGUCUUCGUUGACGCUGCUCCCAGUUCCAAACUAAACUGUCUGAACAUUACAGCGCCACACAUCCCAGGCGCCAUUGUCAGAUCCAUUAGCAGGCGAGUCUAUCGCGAUAGGUCCUUCACUGCUGUUCCUCCAAAUCUCCUCCAAGAUGUUCAAAAUCUUAAAAUAUGCGAGGUCAAUGUUACGUUAUCUCACGAAGGGGAGAAUGAUGUUGUUCAUGUUCAGACUUGGCUACCGCUAGAAGGAUGGAACUCGCGAUUUAUCGCUGUUGGUGGUGGUGCCUGGGCUGCUGGAUUAGGAGCCCCAGAUCUUGCGCUCCCAGCUUCCCAGGGGUAUGCUGUCUCAUCAACUGACGCAGGACUCACUGGAACUCCUUUGGACCCAUCACCUUGGGCUUUGAAGCCAGACAGGACCGUAAACAUUGACUUGCUGGCAAACUUUGCCAGUCGUUCAGUUCAUGACAUGGCCGUCGUCGGCAAGGCAGUGGCUCAAUCUUUCUACCAUAAGCCGGCAAAGCACGCCUAUUUCAACGGUUGCUCUACUGGUGGGAGGCAGGGUAUAGCUGCAGCACAACAAUAUCCGAAAGACUUUGACGGCAUUCUAUCUGGUGCUCCUGCGAUUUACUGGACCCGAUACGUUAUUGCUGAGCUCUGGCCACAAGUUGUCAUGAAGGAAAGUGGCCAUUACCUCUCAGCUUGUGAGAGACAAGCGUUCAGGAAUGCUUCUAUCAGCGCUUGUGAUGGGCAAGAUGGAAUCAAAGAUGGCGUUAUAACAAACCCUUUCAAUUGUCAUUUCAAUCCUUCGACGCUCGUUGGCCAAAAUGUACAAUGUGGUGAGAGCUCCAUCAUUGUUUCUCAAGAGGCCGCCAACGUUGUGAACCACAUAUUAUCAGGCCCAGUCUCUUCCGAAGGCAAGAAGCUUUGGUAUGGAAUGCUCCAAGGAGCAUCCCUCGACGCCCUGGCAAACACAAAAGAAGCCAAUGGUACCUUGACCGCUGCGCCUUUCUUUGUAGCCGACGGCUGGGCUCGGUAUUUCGUGAAAGCUGAUCCGUCUUUUGAUACCUCGGUGCUCGAUUCCGAGACGUUCGAGUCCUUGUUCAUCGAAUCUCGCGAUGAGUUCUCUCAUAUCAUGGACUGCUCUAAUCCUGAUCUGCGGCCUUUUGAACAAGCAGGAGGAAAGCUUCUUAUGUGGCACGGGUUAGAAGACCAGUUGAUAUAUCCUCAAGGUAGCAUUCGAUACGUCAACGAGGUCAAGUCUCUGUUCGCGGUACCCGGCCAGUCUUACAAAAUUGAUGGCUUUUUACGCCUCUUCCUUGUCCCAGGUGUAGAUCACUGUGGGUUCGCCAACACUCACGGAGCUGCGCUAAUCGACCCAUUCGAAUCUUUGGUCAACUGGGUUGAGAACGGAAAGGCGCCAGAGCAGCUUCAUGCUAAGACACCUCCUACCACCCAGCAGCAGUUUACUCGCAAAGUGUGCCGGUAUCCGUUUCUCACCAGGUAUGACGGAAAGGGAAAUCCUUCUGAUGCCCAGAGCUAUUCAUGCACUCGCGAAUAG